GCAACCGCUCCAAAUCUCCGGCACUUCGUGGCUUCGUGCUCCCCCUCUCUCACGGACACGCGCCAUGACGUCAGGGCUCCGAGCUCACGCUGGCACGAUCCAUAAAGCCGCGGCCCAGCCUUCCCGGCCUCUCCCCGCUCCCGCCUCCGACGACCGCCAGCCCCCGGCCAUGGAGUCCACCGCCUGCCCCGCGCGCGCCGCCACGUCCGUCGACCUCCGCUGGCUGCUCUCGGUCGCCGCGGGGGGCCUCUUCGCGCUGCUGCUCCUGCUCGCCACCUCCCCGUUCCCGCUCCCCUCCUCCUCCUCCCGCCUCUUCCUCUCCCAGGCGUCCCGCCCCACCUCCUCCUCGCCGCGUCCGCUGCCGCCGCUCUUCGUCGAGUCCACGCUCUCCCGCCCGACGCCCCCCGCCGCCUCCCUCCCGCCGCGCUUCGCGUACCUCAUCUCCGGCUCGGCGGGGGACGCCGGCAUGAUGAGCCGCUGCCUGCUCGCGCUCUACCACCCCAGGAACCGCUACAUCCUCCACCUCGACGCGGAGGCGCCCGACGCCGACCGCGCCGGCCUCGCCGCCAUCGUCGCGGCGCACCCGGUCCUGUCCGCGGCCGGGAACGUCAGGGUGAUCGAGAAGGCCAACCUCGUGACCUACAGGGGCCCCACCAUGGUGACCACCACGCUGCACGCCGCCGCGGCGUUCCUGUGGGGCGAGGGCCGCGGCCGCGGCGCCGACUGGGACUGGUUCAUCAACCUCUCCGCCUCCGACUACCCGCUUGUCACGCAGGACGACUUGAUGCACGUGUUCUCCAAGCUGCCGCGCGACCUCAACUUCAUCGAUCACACGAGCAACAUCAGCUGGAAAGCGUUCGCGAGGGCGAUGCCGGUGAUCAUAGACCCCGCGCUCUACAUGAAGACGAAGGGCGACCUGUUCUGGGUGCCGGAGAAGCGGAGCUUGCCGACGGCCUUCAAGCUCUUCACUGGUUCUGCGUGGAUGGUGCUGUCGCGCCCGUUCGUGGAGUACCUGAUCUGGGGGUGGGACAACCUGCCCCGCACGGUGCUCAUGUACUACGCCAACUUCAUCUCCUCGCCGGAGGGCUACUUCCACACGGUGGCCUGCAACGCGGAGGCGUUCCGCAACACCACCGUCAACAGCGACCUCCACUUCAUCUCCUGGGACAACCCGCCGAUGCAGCACCCGCACCACCUCACCCUCGCCGACUGGGACCGGAUGCUCGCCAGCGGCGCGCCCUUCGCGCGCAAGUUCCCCCGGGACGACCCGGUCCUCGACCGGAUCGACGCCGACGUCCUCGGGCGGCGGCCGGGCGACGCCACGGUCGUCGCGCCGGGGGGAUGGUGCGCUGCUGGUGGCGGGGAGGGCGGCGGGAGCGACCCGUGCGCGGCGGUCGGGGACGCGGCGCUCCUGAGGCCCGGGCCCGGGGCCGAGCGGCUGCAGCGGCUCGUCACGUCGCUGCUGUCGGAGGAGAACUUCCGGCCGAGGCAGUGCGUCGUGGAGGAGGACAACUGAUGAUACCUGAAGAUUAUACUGGGGGCGUACCAGAACGUCGUGUAUAGUACACUAUACAUACUGGGUGCCGUCUACUCUGGGAUACAUACAGUGUCACGGACUCACGGUAACGUACGGCAUGUAGAUGAUACCUGAAUAUGCAUGGUACGUGAUGCUAGGUGCCGUCUACUCUGGGAUAAAUACAUGUAUAGGAGUACGAAAAGGGGAUAAAAUGUGUGACCCCCCAUAUAUUUAUUAAAUAUUCUUUUUUCA